UCGGGUGCCCUAAGCAAGGCCUGCCAGAGACGUGGUCAUCCCUCCUGGUGCCAUCUCUGGUUGUGACUUCCAGCAAGUCCUUGGCUUCAGUUUUCCCCAUCUGUGAAAUGAAGCAUUUGGACUAGAAGAUCUCUGGAGGCCUUUCUUUUUUGUCAUUCUAGACAGAAAAGGAGACAAAAGGCGAGACUUGCGUUUAUGCUCGUAAUACCAAGGCCUGUUGGCUCCUUGGUGGGGGAGGAGUGGAGGGUAGUGCACCCCUGCCUUCCGGGUGUUGGUGCUCCAGAGAGAGGCCUUGGGAGGAGCUGGGCCUCCUUCAUGGGCCCCAGGCUAGUUUGGAAGAUGCAUAUCCAGUAAGACCAGUCCCUUCCCUCCGGACACCAACUCCCAAGUGUAGGAGAGUAGGACCAGAGCUGUGGUGGAGCACAUGGGGACCCAGAGGUGGCCCAGCAAUCCAGGAGCACCGUCCUGAGAAGCAGGGGCAGGGGGUAGCCUUAGAUAGCUCUGUAGGGCCAGAGCUGGGGAUGUGAGAUUUCCCACAUGGAGAAGUGUGGUAGGAAGCAGCUCCAGACAGAGGGCCCAGCAGGUGCAAAGGGUAGAAUGGUGACGGGGCCUGGCCCAGUCAGUAAACGGCAGAGUUCAGGCAGGAAAGCACCCAAAAGGAGGGAAGGUAAAGUGGCGAGGCCCAGCUGGGGUCAGGGCAUCAACCACCGGCCGAAGGAGUUUAAUUUAGGCAGUGGGAGGCUCUGACAAGGAUUUUAUUUUUCUUUUAUAAAAAUGUCUUAACAUUUUCUACAAUUUAGGAAGGGCCAGGCACUGUUUUAAGGACUUUUUAUAGUUGGAUACGUGUUGUCUCCGUGAAUCGGAACACGGAGAGGUUAAUUCUCUUGACCGAAGAUACACAGCCAGUGAGCGAAAUGAACACACAGUACACGCACUGGCUGGGGAGCCCAGAGGAGAGGCGGGCUCCGUGUCCUGGGGUUCCCAAUCAGGUGUUCAGAAGGAGGCCUUCAGGGAGGAAAGGGCCUCUGAACAGGCAGAGACAGGGAGGUGGGACCGUGCAAACCGUUGAAGGCCCGGGAUCAGCUCAUCUGGUUGGAACAGAGUGAGUCGAGAGACAUGAUGAUGAGGCAAAGUUAGGAUCGAUUCAGUGAAGAGCCCUGAAGGCCAAGAUCAGUAGCUUCUGAGGGCAGUAGGGAGCCAGCAGAGAGGGUCAGAAAGCAGGGGAGGGAUGUGGGCAGAAGUGCUAUUGAAAAAUGCCAUCCCAGUGGGCAGAUGGUGGUAACAUGGCAGGGAAGGGACUGUCAAUAGUUCGGGGCUCUGUGCCCAUAAGACCUGACAUAGGACAGUGACUAAGAGUGGAGAGAGUUUCAGAUCUAGAAGGGACGAUAUUUGGCAAGGAUUAGUCACAUUAGCCACUAUUCAUUGGUGACUCUUGUAAUGUCAUUUCAUUAAACCUUCACCAUAACCGUAGGAGGGGCCAUUAUUCGCUCGAUUUCCACGUAAGAAAUGGAGGCUCGGAGAAAUCAAGUAACUUGCUGAAAGUUGCAACAGCCAGAGCUGGGACUUGAACCUAUGUCUGUCUCACUCCAAGUCACUGCAGAGCUGAAGAAGUCAGGGGCUGUGGGGUGGAGCUGGGGGCUGGUGAGUGGCAGGGGCAGAAUCUACAGCAGAGUCUGGUUUUUCACCCCGGGUGCAGAGGAGGCCAGUGGUCUGUUGGCUCUGGUGGAGCUGGGGGCCGUGUUGGUGAGGAGUUGUGCCCUGUCCUUGUUGAGGUGGAGGUGCAGUAGGCUAGCCAGGGAGGCAGUGCCCUCCCGAAAGCUGGCCGAGGUGAUCUGAGACCGGUCAGAGGUGGGAAGGGCAGAAACAACAGCCUACUCAGUGCUGGGGGAUGGGAUUUGAGAAGAGGCCAAGAGAAAUCCAGGGAAGAACUUUGGGGGCCCCGGUGCAUGGGGUGGGGAGGGAGGUAGAGCCUUGGGAGACAUGGGGGAGGGCCAGGCGUGCAGCCACAGAAGCCACAGAAGGGCAGCACUGGGGCAGGAUGCGUGGAACCUAGCUUUGGAGGGGUCCCUGCCCUGUUAACCAGCAGAGGGCUAAGGCCCCGGGAGGGGGCGGUAGGGAGGGGGCACGUUGGGUUAGGCCCCGGUGCGGUGGGGACACAGGGAAGGCUCCCACAGUGAGGGAGGGCCCACAGGCAGUAAGAGCCAUGGCUUCCACAUGGUUCCACGACUUACACAGUGUUUCUGGCCCCGCGGCGUGUGGUCCCAACAGCCCCCAAACCUGGUUGAGGCCAACGGUGUCCUCACUCCCCUGACAGUCAGGAAAGCAGCUCAGAGAGGAGUCGCUGCUUGCUGGGCCCCUGGAAGCAUCUCAGUGCCGUGAAGCGGGGCUGCCACCAGCCCCUGGGCUCCGAGAGCCUUGCAGCGACAGAGUUGCUGUGGGCCCAUUGUCACCGCAGAGCCAGCCCCUUUCUCUGUUCCAGCCUCCUGGGAGGUCGUGGCCAGGCCCAGGGGGGUCCAGGCUUCCCUUUGCCCAGCUGCUGCCUCUGGGAGGUCCCUUCCCAGAAGCCUGCAGCUCAGGAGCCCUGGGGCUGCCGUAACUCGGGUAACAUCUCCCCGGAGGCUGGUUGGGCUGACCCUGGAUGAGGAGGGCUGAGUGCACAGCUGGCACUGGGGGCCGGAGCCUGGGCUGGGAUGCCCCCCUCUUUGGGGGACUUGCAGGCAAAGAGGAUGGACUGUCCAUGGAAGUCAAGCUCUGUUCCCUCGGGGGCAGCACCAGAAGAAGCAGCUGCUCCCUGUCCCCAGAGAGGCUCCAGUGCCUUUGUUACAGCAGAGGCCGGGGGGCACGGAGGGUGCCUUUCUCGGGUGUGCAGGGCUGAGGACACAGUGCCGGCCAAGCUUCCCCGCCUGCACCAGAGCCCAGGCAGUAGGCCCUUCAGCUGCUUCCUGUUGUGAGCUAAGACCAAGUCCUCUUGCACCCACAUCACUGCAUCCUCCUCCCCUGCCGUGUGGCCACGCUGGCCCCUCCCUCUGCAGCCUCCAAUCCUGAGUGCCUGGAGUAGGAUAGGGAAACAGCCUGUCCGGCCCACGCCUGCACUCCCCGUAGGCCUCUGGGGCCCCCCUGCGAUAGGUAGCAGCAAAGGAUGCUGGCCUCGAACCUGAGAAGAUGCUGCUUCCUCCGAGGGGCUAAGUGUUGCGAAUGCAGUGCCUCCCUUUCACACCAGUACUAUGAGAAGGAUGGGCAGCUCUUCUGCAAGAAGGACUACUGGGCCCGCUAUGGCGAGUCUUGCCACGGGUGCUCAGAGCACAUCACCAAGGGGCUGGUCAUGGUGGCCGGGGAGCUGAAGUACCACCCCGAAUGCUUCAUCUGCCUCACAUGUGGGACCUUCAUUGGUGAUGGAGACACCUACACUCUGGUGGAGCACUCCAAGCUCUACUGCGGACACUGCUACUACCAGACUGUGGUGACCCCCGUCAUUGAGCAGAUCCUGCCUGAUUCCCCCAGCUCCCACCUGCCCCACACAGUCACCCUCGUAUCCAUCCCAGCCUCGGCUCAUGGCAAACGUGGUCUCUCGGUCUCCAUCGACCCCCCUCACGGCCCGCCAGGCUGCAGCACAGAGCACUCCCACACCGUCCGCGUCCAGGGAGUGGACCCAGGCUGCAUGAGCCCGGAUGUGAAGAAUUCCAUCCACGUUGGAGACCGGAUCCUGGAAAUCAAUGGCACACCCAUCCGGAAUGUGCCCUUGGACGAGAUUGAUCUGCUGAUCCAGGAAACCAGCCGCCUGCUCCAGCUGACUCUUGAGCAUGACCCCCAUGACGCACUGGGCCACGGGCUUGGGCCUGAGUCCAGCCCCCUGGUCUCCCCGGUUCACACUCCCAGCGGGGAGGCGGGCAGCUCCGGCCGGCAGAAGCCUGUCCUGAGGAGCUGCAGCAUCGACAGGUCCCCGGGUGCCGGCUCGCUGGGCUCCCCGGCCUCCCAGCGCAAGGACCUGGGUCGCUCCGAGUCCCUCCGUGUGGUCUGCCGGCCACACCGCAUCUUCCGGCCUUCGGACCUCAUCCACGGGGAGGUGUUGGGCAAGGGCUGCUUCGGCCAGGCCAUCAAGGUGACACACCGGGAGACAGGCGAGGUGAUGGUGAUGAAGGAGCUGAUCCGCUUCGAUGAGGAGACCCAGCGGACGUUCCUCAAGGAGGUGAAGGUCAUGCGAUGCCUGGAGCACCCCAACGUGCUCAAGUUCAUUGGGGUGCUCUACAAGGACAAGAGGCUCAACUUCAUCACCGAGUACAUCAAGGGUGGCACGCUCCGGGCCCUCAUCAAGGGCAUGGACAGCCAGUACCCGUGGAGUCAGAGGGUGAGCUUUGCCAAGGACAUCGCUUCGGGGAUGGCCUACCUCCACUCCAUGAACAUCAUCCACCGGGACCUGAACUCCCACAACUGCCUGGUUCGUGAGAACAAGAACGUGGUGGUGGCCGACUUCGGGCUGGCGCGGCUUAUGGUGGACGAGAAGACGCAGCCCGAGGACCUGCGGAGCCUCAAGAAGCCAGACCGGAAAAAGCGUUACACGGUGGUGGGCAACCCCUACUGGAUGGCGCCCGAGAUGAUCCACGGCCUCAGCUACGAUGAGAAGGUGGAUGUGUUUUCCUUUGGAAUCGUCCUGUGCGAGAUCAUCGGGCGGGUGAACGCUGACCCAGACUACCUGCCGCGCACCAUGGAUUUUGGCCUCAAUGUGCGAGGCUUCCUGGACCGCUACUGCCCCCCAAACUGCCCCCCAAGCUUCUUCCCCAUUACUGUGUGCUGCUGUGAUCUGGACCCUGAGAAGAGGCCCUCUUUCGUGAAGCUGGAGCAGUGGCUGGAGACGCUCCGCAUGCACUUGGCUGGCCACCUGCCACUGGGCCCACAGCUGGAGCAGCUAGACAGGGGCUUCUGGGAGACCUACCGGCGCGGCGAGAGUGGACUGCCCGCCCACCCCGAGGUCCCCGACUGAGACCGGCCCGCCCAGCUGCCCCUGUCCCCGACUCGGGAGAAUCCACCCUGCACCAGAUUCCUCUGUGUGCGGUGGCCAGGUGUGGCACCCUCAGCGGGGCAGCGGACACCCAGACCCCUCCCCAGCGCCAGGCCCUAACUUGCCUUCUACCCUGUGGGCCGUGGCCCCUGCCCUUCCUCUGCCCCCGGCCCCAGAGCUGGCCUGGCUGCACAGACACCAUCACCUCGCCCUGCCUUACCUCUGUCUUGGUGGGACCACCCCCUCACGCUUCUCCUUGCAUGAGCUGGAGGACCCGUGUGAGCUGUACCCCAUCCCAUACCCGGUACCCUACCCCACACCCGCUGCCCCGGCUGUCCUAUGCACACUCUACCCGUCUGCAGCUCCUCUGAGGCUGGGCCAGAGGACAGACAGCCUCAGACCGUGGCUCAUCACUAUUCCCAGGAGCCAAACAGGGAGUCUGGGGCCCAUCACCCCCCCAGGGGGUGUCUAGGUAGCGUCAGGUAUUGAUAAUUAUCCAAACCCCCAAAGCAGAGAGAGGUCGUCUCCUGUGGAGUGGAAAUCCCCGUGGCUGGGCAACAGCCCUCCCUCGCUUUGGGUCUUUUUGUUUCUUUAUUGAAGCCACUUUAGUGAGAAGCAGGUACCAGGCCUCAGGGUGAAGGGUGGGUCCCUGGAGGGAGAGGGGAGCCGUGGUCCCAGGGCCAGAGCUGCUGGGAGGAGCAGCAGAGGGAGGCUGGGCAGAGUGGACGAGGCAGUGUCCACCAGCAUCCCAGCCCCCUGAAGUUCAUCUCAGCACCAUCCCGGGCCUCUCCCCGAGGCUCCCUGCCAGUGGCCAGAGCAGCCCCUGCCCCUCCCCAUGCCCCUCUGUCCUCUGGGUUCUUUCUGUGUAAUCUAUUUUUUAAGAAGAGUUUGUAUUAUUUUUUCAUACGGCUGCAGCAGCAGCAGCUGCUGGGGGCUUGGGGUUUUAUUUUUUUGGCGGGCGGGGGUGGGGGGGCCAUUUUGUCACUUUGCCUCAGUUGAGCAUCUAGAAGUAUUAAGACUGUGAAGCCUUCUCAGUGCACUUUGAACCUGGAAAGCAAUUGAAACAGGCCCAUGGGACUAUGACUCAGGGAGGUGGGACACAGUCACCUCCAUCUAGGAAUCACGAUGUCUAAGGAACAAAACCCAGACUCAGAAUAAUAAAAUAAAUUCUGUACUCCCCACCAGA